AUGUUGGCAGAUCCAAAUUUUGCUCAGUUUUCGCAUGAAAUUGGAUUAGCAGCUGUUGGAGCAUCAGAAGAAGAUAUUAACAGACUCGCAACGUGUUAUUUCUUUACAAUCGAAUUUGGAUUAUGUCGUCAAAAUGGGGAACUAUGUGCUUAUGGUGCGGGUUUAUUAUCCUCAUGCUCUGAAUUGCAGCAUGCCAUUAGUGGUACGGCAAAAAAUCUUCCAUUUGACCCAGAUGUGGUAUGUCGUCAAGAGUGGUUGAUUACAACCUAUCAAGAACAAUAUUUUGUUUCUGCAAGUUUUGUCGAAGCAAAAGAAAAAAUUGGAGAAUUUGCUUCGCCGAUCAAACGUCCAUUUGCAGUCCGAUAUAAUCCAUAUAAUCAAAGUAUCGAAGUUGUGAGUAAUACUCAACAAGUAGCGCAAAGCAUUAGUGAUCUACAAGGAGAUAUGUGUAUUAUAUUUGAUGUAUUAAGAAAAAUUGAACGUAGCAUCUAGAACGAAAAUGAUAAUGAAAAUAAAUUAAAUAAAAAGUAAUUUAAAAACACGGAAAUCUUCCUCUACUAACUUUUCUGAAUCCCUUACAUUUUUUUGUUGUUCAUUUUCAGUACUAGAAGCAGGGUUCUCGAUCAGGGAGGGGGGGGGGGCAAGGGAGUGCUGGUCCCCCUUCCUAAAAGCUUAAAAUGGUUGAAUAUUGUAUAAAUAAAAAUAUUCCUGCUAUUGAUUCAGCAGAUAUUAUUAAAAAAGCAAUAUUUAUUUCUCGAAACAAAAUUUUACACAGAAAUACCGUUAGUUUAAGCUUUUUAUUUAAAGAAAUCAAAAAAAAGGAAACAAGUAAAAAAGACCAAACAAGUGAAAUCGUUGUCCUAGGGACUACAUUGUAUCUCCUGAGAGGAAUCCUUAAACAGAACAGCAUCUUAAAAUAAAAAUGGACGAAAAGAAAAGAAAAACGUUGGACUUAGAGAAG